AUGGCACUGGCCAAGCAGGCUCAAAUCGUCCUGAUGCCCUACAACUACAUCCUGGACCCUUCGGUUCGCUCGGCGAUGUCGCUCGCGCUGGAGGGGGCCGUGGUGAUCCUCGACGAGGCGCACAACGUGGAAGGCGUGUGCAGGGACGCGGGGUCGCUUGAGGUGUCGCUACUCGACAUGGUCGCCAUGGCCUCGGACCUGUGCGAUUGCUCCCAGCUGACGGCGUGCAGUCUCGGUGCAAACCUGCUGCUCAAGUUCGUGAUGAAGCUCCUCUACUUCACCUCGAAGGAGUCACGCACCCUGGAGGCCUUCGAGAACGAGACAGAUUUCGAGGAACCGCCCCCGGGAGCGAGGAAGAAGAAGCAGCAGGAGGUCAUCAACACCGCCGUGCCUGCGCUUCUGAAGAAACACUGGGCGUGUGACAGCGCCGGCAGCAUGUUCUGGGCUGCGUUCGUCGGGCCGGAGGAGGAUGCCAGCACCUCGCAUGCUUCUCUGCUACGAAUUCCGGCGCUAAACAACCUGGAGAGGUUCCUUUUCGUGACCGGGCUCGGGUUGCACCACCCCCACGAUUACGGCGUCAACGUCAUGUCCUGGGACAAUGUCGAGAAGCACAAGCUCCCGGUGCACACCAGGACGUCAACGCGGCACGCCUCCUGCCCGCUGGGGAACUCUCCGUUCUCCCGGUCUAGCUAUGUUCCCGCCAAGAUGUGCCGGCUCAAUAUCUGGCUCAUGUCCCCCAGCGUGGUGUUUGACGAGGUGCCGGCACAGACCCACUCCGUCAUCCUCACGAGCGGCACGCUCAGUCCUCUCCACUCUCUAAGGGCUGAGCUUGGCAGGUCUUUCGGCGAAAGGCUUCUGCCCUUCCCUCAACAGGCGCUGGAAGCGAACCACGUCAUCAACCCUGAACGACAGCUGCGGGUCAUCCCGGUGGGCCAUUCCCCCCGCAACAAAACUUUGAUGUGCAAGAAAGUCUGCACGGACAACGACGAAUUCGUGGAGGAGAUCGGACGCACGGUGGUGGCCUUGGCGAAGCACAUCCCCGCGGGCGUGUUGGUGUUCCUGUCGUCCUACAAGCUGCUUCAACGGGCUGUAGCGAUCUGGCGCAAGUGCGAGGUCUGGGCGGAUUUGGAGAGGAUCAAGGGGGUCAUCGUCGAGGAGCCCGAGGCGGCCGCCGACUUCAAGGCCGCCAAGCGGCGCUACGAGGACGCAGUCGACGGGGGCCCCGGGGGGAGGGGGAGGGGGCGCGGGAGCGCCGGCGGAAGCGCCAUCCUCCUCGCCGUGUACCGCGGGAAAAUGAGUGAGGGCAUCAGCUUCAACGACCACUACGCGAGGGGGGUGCUGUGCGUAGGCAUCCCCUACCCCAACCUGGGGGACCCCAAGAUCGUGGCGAAGAAAUGCUACAACGAUUGGAAGAGUCUCGGGAGGAAGCCGGAGGCCAAGGACCGCGGGGAAGCCGGUCGAAGGUCGUGGCCGGACGUCUGCGCGGCCGGCGACCACAACUACGGGAGCGCCGCCGCGAAUCAAGGCCGCAGCAGCAGCAGCAGCAGCGGCGGCGGCGUAGUAGGCGGUGGCACCGCCGUCUGCUCCGCCGCCGGCAGUGGCGGAGCAGGAGCAGGAGCCGUUGGCGAAAGGAGCGCCGCCGGCGAUGUCGGCGACCGCGAGGGGGCUGUUGUUGGGGAGCGCGGCGGCGGGGGCGGGGGGGGUAGACCGGCGCGGAUUGUAGCUUCGGGGCCCCCGAAGGUAUCGGAGGACGGGGAGGCAGCGGUGUCCUUAGCAGCGCCCGGGGAGGAACCUGCGGUGAAGGCGGAGAUGGCUGCGGUAAAGGCGGAGACAGCGGAGACGGCGGCGGAGGCGGCGGCGGCGGAAGCGGCGGAGGCGGAAGCGGCGGCGGCGGCGGCGGAAAUGGCAGCCUCGAGGGCGGCGGCGAAGGCGACGGCGAAGGCGGCACACGAGGCCGGGAAGGCGCUGCUGAGCGGCUCGAACUGGUACGCCCAGGAGGCGUAUCGAGCCCAGAACCAGGCACUCGGGAGGUGCAUCCGUCACGUCUACGACUAUGGGGUGGUAUGCCUCAUCGACGAGCGCAUUCGCGCUGGCGAAUGGAAGCACGUGAAGUUCCUCGCGAAGUGGAUGCGCGACCUCCGCGGCGACUACCCGAGCUUUGAGCACGUGGUGGGCACGAUGGACCAGUUCUUCGCGAGCGCCCCGGGCUUCGUGCGGGAAGAGAAGGAGAGGGCGGCAGUAUUGAGACAUCAGGCGAGUGUCCGGCGACGGCGGGCUAAGGAAAUGGCGGCGGCCGUUGCGGCUCAAGGUGCACCUGGAGGUAGCGGCGGCGACGGCGGCGGCGGCCUGCUGUCGGCGGAAGCCGAGAGCUCCCCCGUGGGGAUGGAGGUAGAAGCUGUGCCCCUAGCGAACUGGGGAGGCGGUUCGGAGAACGGCGGCGGCAGCGGUAGCGAUGGCACCCUCAGCGGUAGCUGUAGCAAAACUGCGGCCGGCGGCGGCGGCGGUGGCGGCGUCAGACGGCCCUUGUCCGUCGUCGACGAGGGCGUACGAAAUCACCGGCAGCGCAACGAGCCGUCCGCUGUUGUGACCCCCCCUCCUCCUUUGACCGUACGUCACGCCACCCCCACCGCUGACCUGUCCUCGUCCGUGAGUAGCCAGCCGGCGAGCGACAACGCCGCCCGUGACCGUUCGGGCGAAGCUGGCUUCUCCUCGUCGGAGGGCACUAACGGGGCCUUAGUAGAACGCGGCGCGGUGCUAAAUAAAAGCGGCUCCUCCCUGACGGUGGCGAACGUACUGUAA